AUGCCAUCUAAGUCACACCUCAUUCUAGACUCACUGAAGCUGUGGGACGUCCCUCAGCCAGACGGCAGGCACAGUAAGGGGGAUUGGUACGGAUUUAUCAACACCUGUCUGCAAUCUCUUCUAAUAGAGAAAUUUGGUGAAGAGACAUGGGAAAAAUUGAAAAAUUCUGCUGAAGUGCAAGAUGCCUUCAUGACGUACACAGUGUAUGAUGACAUCAUCACCAUUAAGCUCAUCCAAGAGGCCUGCAAGAUCCUGGGUGUCUCCAUGGAAGCCAUCCUGAAACUCUUUGGAGAAUACUUCUUUAAAUUCUGUAAGAAGUCUGGCUAUGACAGGAUGUUACGAACACUGGGAGGAGAUCUCACGGAGUUUAUUGAAAACCUAGAUGCCCUCCACAGUUACCUUGCACUUUCUUAUCGGGAGAUGAAUGCACCAUCGUUUCGUUUGGAGAAAGGAGCAGACCAGGAAAUGCUUCUCCAUUACUACUCUGAUAGAAGUGGUCUGUGCCACAUUGUACCAGGUAUCAUUGAAGCUGUGGCCAAAGACUUCUUCAACAUUGAUGUGUCCAUGGAUAUACUUGACAUGAAUGAGGAAGCGGAGAGGACAGGGAAGAUGGAGCACGUUGUGUUUCUGAUUGUGCAGAAGCCUCACAGACAGAUAAGAAGAGCAAAGCCAAAUAGGUUACAAGAUGGUCAGGACAUCCAGAGAGACCAAGAGGCCCUCCAGGCAGCUUUCCUGAGGAUGAAGGAGAAAUAUUUGAGUAUCUCUGUUUGCCCUGUGAAGAAAUCUCGCUGGGAAGUUGUGAGAAGUAUAGUCAUGUUUGGAAAAGGGCAUCUCCUGAACACCUUUGUGCCGCUUUAUCCCGAGCAGCUCUGGAUUGAAGUUAAGACAUUCUGCAAUGCUUUUCCUUUCCACGUCGUAUUUGAUGAAUCACUGAGGGUCAAGCAAAUGGGAGUGAAUAUUCAGAAGUAUGUCCCAGGACUCCAAACACAGAAGAUUCGAUUAGAUGAAUAUUUCUCCAUCACUCAUCCUCAAGUCACCUUCAACAUUUCCAGCAUCUGCAAAUUUAUCAACAGUCAAUUUGUCCUGAAGGCACGGAGAGAAAUGAUGCCCGAAGCAUGGAAACGUCAACCCACGCUCAAACUCCGAGGCCAGAUGAUCUGGAUGGAGUCCGUGCGGUGCAUGAUAUACCUGUGCUCCCCGAAGCUCCGCAGCCUGCAGGAGCUGGAGGAACGCCAGAUGCAUCUUUCUGACCUCGCCCCCCACGACACCACCAGGGAUCUCAUCCUGCUGAACCAGCAGCGACUGGCUGAGAUGGAGCUGUCCACCCAGUUGGAGAGGAAGAAGGAAGAGCUGCGGGUCCUCUCUAAACACUUGGCCAUAGAAAAGAAGAAAACAGAGACCUUGCUUUAUGCCAUGCUACCCGAACAUGUGGCCAACCAGCUGAAGGAAGGCAAAAAGGUGGAUGCAGGAGAAUUUAAAACCUGCACAAUCCUCUUUAGCGAUGUGGUGACAUUUACGAACAUCUGUGCUGCCUGUGAACCUAUCCAAAUAGUGAAUAUGCUGAAUUCAAUGUACUCCAAGUUUGACAGAUUAACUAGUGUCCACGAAGUCUACAAAGUGGAAACAAUAGGAGAUGCUUAUAUGGUGGUCGGGGGUGUUCCGGUACCUAUUGGAAGCCACGCUCAAAGAGUGGCUAAUUUUGCUUUGGGGAUGAGAAUUUCUGCAAAAGAAGUGAUAAAUCCUGUUACUGGGGAGUCCAUCCAGAUCAGAGUAGGGAUUCAUACUGGACCGGUCUUAGCAGGUGUCGUGGGGGACAAGAUGCCGCGGUACUGCUUGUUUGGUGACACUGUGAACACAGCUUCUAGGAUGGAAAGUCAUGGGCUUCCCGACAAAGUGCACCUCAGCCCCACAGCCUACAGAGCCCUGGAAAACCAAGGGUUUGAAAUAAUUAAGAGAGGUGAAAUCCAAGUGAAAGGAAAAGGGAAAAUGACCACAUACUUUCUGAUCCAGAACUUGAAUGCCUCAGAGGAUGAGAUCAUGGGGAGACCUCAAACUCUGCUUGAUCACAAAGGUAAGCCAAGAGAGGCCUCAUUAUGGGUGUGA